UCACGCUGUGUUCUCGUUUCGUUGUGACCCCAAAACGGUGUCCUCUCUGCCUCCCAUUGAAUCUGUGUCUCGUCUCCAAACUCAAAGCCAAACAGCAUUAGAAGCUGCUGCUGCCGUGGCGGCGCCUCACAAUCCAUGGCCAUCCCAGCUAUAGUUGCCAUUGUCCCCAUCGGAGUUCUCUUGGUUCUCUCGGGCCUCAUUGUUAAUCUCAUGCAGAUAGUGUUUUCCAUCCUUGUUCGUCCUGUAUCAAAGAGUAUGUAUAGAAAGAUCAACAAAGUAGUAGCAGAAUUGCUGUGGUUGGAACUCAUAUGGCUCAUUGAUUGGUGGGCAGGCAUCAAGGUUGAAUUGUAUGUAGAUUCAGAAACUUUUCAAUUAAUGGGUAAAGAACGAGCACUUCUCAUUUCCAAUCACAAAAGUGACAUUGAUUGGCUUGUCGGAUGGCUUGUAGCUCAGCGCUCAGGUUGCCUUGGUAGCACACUAGCCAUCAUGAAGAAAGAGAUAAUGUUCAUCCCAUUCAUAGGUUGGUCAAUGUGGUUUUCUGAAUAUGUCUUCUUGGAAAGGCAAUGGACGAAAGAUGAAAAAACGUUGAAGUCAUGUUUCCGAAGACUAGAGGACUUCCCCGGCCCAUUUUGGUUGGCUCUCUUUGUAGAAGGAACGCGAUUUACACAGGCAAAGCUAAUGGUAGCUCAAGAGUUUGCAGCUUCCAGAGGGUUGCCAAUUCCUAGGAACGUCUUGCUUCCACGGACGAAGGGGUUUGUUUCAUUAGUAAGUAACAUGCGCUCAUUUGUUCCGGCAAUUUAUGACUGUACAGUGGCCGUCCCCAACAAUCAGCCACCACCUACAUUGUUGAAAAUAUUAAGACGGCAAUCUUCUGUGGUAAAAUUACAAAUCAGGAGACACUCAAUGCGGGAGUUGCCAGAAACUGCUGAUGGAAUUGGACAGUGGUGUAAAGAUGUGUUUGUUACCAAGGAUGCCUUAUUAGAGAAGUACUUUGCCAAAGGCUUAUUCAGUGACCAACAACUUCAAAACAUUGGCAGACCUAUCAAGUCCUUAAUUGUCGUCGUAUUCUGGUCAAUCCUCCUCGCCUAUGGAAUUUACAAAUUUGUACAGUGGUCUGCCCUCCUAACCUCAUGGCAAGGCAUUGCAUUUUCAGCAACAUUCUUGGUUCUUAUUGGAAUUAUCAUGCAAAUUCUCAUCCUGUCAUCCGAGUCGGAGCAUUAUACACCUCUAACAGUACCCCCAAAAGACCCAGCACAACACCGACUCAUUCAGAAAUGAUCUUCAAGGAUAUUAUACAUAUAUGAAAAAUUAGUAACCGGUCCCUAGUUACUAAAGUUCAUUAACUAAGGCCUUAUUAGUUUUCAUAUUUUGAUCGAAAGUUCCUAGCAUUAAUGUAUUUUAUUAAUGAAUUUACA